AGUGGAGAGGAGCGGGCGGCGGGGCCUGCGGAGUCACCCGGACUCCGCAGCCAAGCCGCGCCCCCGAGGAGCGCUUGGAAGGGCUCCCGCCUGCAGCUGGGGAAUCCGCUGGGCGGGGAGAAUCCGCGCCAGGGAAUCCAGCUCUCCGGACUCCUUUGCAAACACAAAGCGCCGGGUCUGGCGGCCUUCCCCUCCAGCCCUCCCCCUACACACACCCGAAGAAGCAGUUUUGUGUUAGAAAUGCAACAAGUAGUACCCGGGGCUCCCGGGGCGCCCUGCGCCGCCUGACUUGGCUGCGUGAAGCCCACCCGCCGAGACCCGGGGCCCGGCCUCCGGACAAAGGGCGGAGGAGGGGCUGGACGGGGCGCACUGUGCAGUCCGAAAAAGCCCUUUCAGCGAUCCUGGGCCGGCCGAAGGGAAUGCAGAGGAGACAGAGAGCCGGCGGGCCCAGAGGACGACCCGGCCGCAGCACGCAGGGCGGGCGGCGAUGGAGGUUGCCCGCGCCGCGCGCUUUCUGCUCGCGGUGUGCGUCUGCCUGGCUCUGCUGCCGCGGGCCGCGCCCGUGUGUCCGGAGCGCUGUGACUGCCAGCACUCCCAGCACCUCCUGUGCACCAACCGGGGACUGCGCGCCGUGCCCAAGACCAGCUCGCUGCCUAGCCCCCAAGACGUGCUCACCUACAGCCUCGGCGGCAACUUCAUAACCAACAUCAGCGCCUUCGACUUCCAUCGCCUGGGGCAGCUCAGGCGCCUGGACCUGCAGUACAACCAGAUCCGCUCCCUGCACCCAAAGACCUUCGAGAAGCUCUCGCGGCUGGAGGAGCUCUACCUGGGCAAUAACCUCCUGCAGGCGCUCGCCCCGGGCACGCUGGCGCCGCUGCGCAAGCUCAGGAUCCUCUACGUCAACGGCAACGAGAUCGGCCGCCUGAGCCGCGGCUCCUUCGAGGGCCUCGAGAGUCUGGUCAAGCUGCGGCUGGACGGUAACGCUCUCGGAGCACUACCCGACGCCGUCUUCGCCCCGCUGGGCAAUCUGCUCUACCUGCACCUGGAAGCCAACCGCAUCCGCGUGCUGGGCAAGAACGCCUUCGCGCAGCUGGGCAAGCUGCGCUUCCUCAACCUCUCCGCCAACGAGCUACAGCCCUCGCUGCGCCACGCAGCCACCUUCGCGCCACUGCGCUCGCUUACCACCCUCAUCCUCUCGGCCAACGGUCUGCAGCACCUGGGCCCCCGCGUGUUCCAGCACCUGCCCCGCCUCGGGCUGCUCUCGCUCAGGGACAACCAGCUCACGCACCUGGCGCCAGACGCCUUCUGGGGCUUGGACACCCUGCGCGAACUGCGCCUAGAGGGCAACCGCCUGAGCCAGCUGCCUUUGGCGCUGCUGGACCCUCUGCGCAGCCUAGAGGCCCUGGACCUGAGCCACAACGAGCUGUCCGCGCUGCACCCUGCCACCUUCGGCCACCUGGGCCGCCUGCGCGAGCUCAGCCUGCGCGACAACGCACUCAGCGCCCUCUCCGGCGACAUCUUCGCCGCCAGCCCGGCCCUCUACCGUCUGGAUCUGGACGGCAACGGCUGGACUUGCGACUGCCGCCUGCGGGGCCUCAAGCGUUGGAUGGGUGAUUGGCACUCGCAGGGUCGGCUGCUCACCGUCUUCGUGCAGUGCCGCCACCCGCCAGCCCUGCGGGGCAAGUAUCUGGAUUACUUGGAUGACCAGCAGCUGCAGAACGGGUCUUGCGCGCUGCCCUUGCCCUCGGCGGCUUCCCCGAUCGCCGCCCGGCUCCCACCCACAGCCGCGGGGCAGGAACCGACGCCCUCUGCAGGGAGUCUCACCGAGAUGCUGCCGCCGCAGCCCCAGCAGCGAGGGCGGCUUUUAGCCGGCCUGGCCUCGGACGUGACCGCCAGGGAGCUGGCGAGCAACCGCAGCGCUCUACGCAUGAGCCGCCGGGGCCCGAUCAUACAGCGGCCGGGCCCCUCUACCGUCUCGGGUCCCGCGCCACGCGUGCUAGAUGACCCGCAGGAGAAGCCCGAGCGGGGCGACCCCGCCCGUGCAGGGCCCACCGCGACGGCCGUGCCAGCUGGUGACCCCCGGCAGCGCAUGGUGAAGCAGCAGCGCCUGGCCGCCGACCAGUCGGAGCUCCCUCCGCUGGUGUCCGACCCGUGCGACUUCAACAAGUUCAUCCUGUGCAACCUGACGGUGGAGGCGGUGGGCGCCGACAGCGCCUCGGUGCGCUGGGCCGUGCGCGACCACCGUAGCCCCCGGCCACUGGGCGGCGCGCGCUUCCGCCUGCUCUUCGACCGCUUCGGCCAGCAGCCCAAAUUCCACCGUUUCGUCUACCUGCCCGAGCAUAGCGACUCGGCCACGCUGCGCGAGCUGCGCGGGGACACGCCGUACCUGGUGUGCGUGGAGGGCGUGCUCGGGGGCCGGGUCUGCCCCGUGGCUCCCCGGGACCACUGCGCGGGGCUGGUUACCUUGCCCGAGAGCGGGAGCCGCAGUGGGGCCAGCGGCAGCGUGGACUACCAACUGCUGACCUUGGCCCUGCUGGCAGUCAAUGCGCUGCUGGUGCUCCUGGCCCUGACGACCUGGGCGUCGCGCUGGCUGCGGAGGAAGCUGCGGGCCCGGCGGAAAGGCGGAGCGCCGGUGCACGUGCGCCACAUGUACUCCACACGCCGACCGCUGCGCUCCAUGGGCACCGGCGUGUCAACCGACUUCUCGGGCUUCCAGUCACACCGGCCACGCGCCACCGUGUGCGCGCUCAGCGAGGCCGACCUCAUCGAGUUCCCCUGUGACCGCUUCAUGGACAGCGUGGGUGCGGGGACUGGCGGCAGCCUGAGGCGGGAAGACCACUUGCUGCAGCGAUUUGCUGACUAAGGCCUGGCCUAGGAGGCCUUGGGCAGGCCACGUCCUUGGCCUCAAGCAGCCAACUCUGAGGAGAGCACCCUCCUAGAUCAGAACUUUUCCUACCUUAGCAGCACCCACCCCAGUGCACUGAACUGAGAGGCCUGGGGGGACAGUGAGGGUUCAUGUGGGAUACUGCCCCCUAGACCCUCAACGGGCCAACUACAAGGCUGGAAUGUGAUGGUCAAGGCCAGGAAUAGAGGGCAAAUGGACAAUGAGAUGGGGCGACCCUCAUGAGGGAUGCUUUGGCAGCGUGAUGGGAUGGGCCCUGGCACUGUCUCCUUUGGGGUAGAAAGUGGUACUUGUGUCCCCAAAAGAUUUUUGUUUACUGGGUAGACACCAGGGGAGUUUUGUUUAUUAGGGAACAAGGACUUCGUACCAUUGCAGCAGAGUGUGGCCAGUGACCCCGCCAUGGCCUGGGGGUCUCUGCCAAGAGGGGUGAUGAACAGGUGGCAUAGUAUAAGUCACCUGCCAGGGAAGUCGCUCUCCGUGUAGACUCGAUGGAUAGAGCAUUCGGGACAUCUUAACCUUUAAGUAAUAAGAGCCACAAUGUGAAGCGUGUUGACAUUUAACCAACUGACCAGUACACCCCAGGACUCACUCAGCCAACCUAGACUGUCCACUCUGUCCUCACAAUCACAGGGCAAGGACCCUGGCAGGCCCCAAAGACGGCUACGGC